AGACGCCAAUAAGGUAGCAGAAGAACCCAUUUCCUCCAUGAGGACGGUGAGAAGCUUUGCCGAACAAGAGCGAGGAGGCCAACAACUACCGCAGCAAGCUGUUGGUAAUGUUCCAGCUCAACAAGAAACAAGCCCUGGCCUACUCCUGCUACACGUGGUCCAGCUGUAUCUUAGAGCUGGCCUUAGAGGUUGCUAUUCUCUAUUAUGGCAGUCACCUUGUAGUAACGGGUCAGAUGAGUAGCGGUGCCUUGAUAUCAUUCUUCAUAUAUAUGCUGGACUUGGGAGAAUGUCUGGAAAAUAUUGCAUCUGUUUACACGGGACUAAUGCAAGGAGUGGGAGCAGCUGAGAAGGUUUCUGAAUACCUGGAUAGAACACCUAAACACCCAGCUGAUGGCACAGAGGCUCCAGACACAUACACGGGUCUGGUUGAGUUUAAAAACAUCACAUCUACCUACCAAACACGCCCGGAAACGGAAAUUCUCAAGUUUUGUUCAGAGGGAUGUAGCUGUGUUGAUGACUGUUUUAACCCUCAGGCAUCAGUUUAAUUUACUACCCUCUUAAGUCACUAAGGACAAAAAUGUCCACUUCCAAAAAACUGCUAUGAAAAUAGAACAGA